UGUCAAGUCUCGUGAAGACACGAAAGCAGUAGUAGGACGGAAGAAGAAGAAAAGGAGAUCUGUAUUUGAUCAUUGAGAAGAAUGGUGAAAUCGACAAGUAAGGAUGCUCAGGAUCUGUUCCGAUCUCUUCACUCCGCUUAUUCCGCUACUCCGACUAAUCUCAAGAUCAUCGACUUGUAUGUCGUUUUCUCCGUCUUCACUGCUUUGAUUCAGGUGGCGUAUAUGGCUUUGGUGGGAUCAUUUCCAUUUAACUCAUUCCUAUCUGGAGUUCUCUCUUGUAUCGGGACAGCAGUUCUUGCUGUUUGCCUCCGGAUUCAAGUGAACAAAGAAAACAAGGAAUUCAAGGAUUUGGCACCGGAACGAGCAUUUGCUGAUUUCGUCCUCUGCAACUUGGUCCUGCACUUGGUGAUCAUCAACUUCCUCGGAUAGGUCCCCGUCUCCUAUCUUACUGGGUUGCUUUCAUAUUAUGGACUUUUUAGACGUGACUUAAGGAAUCAUUACUGUAGUAUUGAGAUAUUUUAUAUUUCUGUCAAAGAAUCGAACUUUUUAUGCACUAAUGAGACGCUUGGUUUCGCUCGGCCUAAA